ACGGCUCCGUCAUUCAGUCCCUGUAUUUUACACUGUGCUCUCACUGUUGAAGGAGAAUGGCCCGGACCAAGCAGACAGCGCGCAAAUCGACCGGAGGGAAAGCUCCUCGCAAACAGCUGGCGACCAAAGCGGCGCGGAAGAGCGCUCCAGCCACGGGCGGAGUGAAGAAGCCUCAUCGCUACAGGCCCGGCACCGUGGCUCUGAGGGAGAUUCGGCGCUACCAGAAAUCCACCGAGUUGCUCAUCCGCAAACUGCCCUUCCAGCGCCUGGUGCGGGAGAUCGCUCAGGACUUCAAGACAGACCUGCGCUUCCAGAGCUCGGCCGUCAUGGCCCUGCAGGAGGCCAGCGAGGCUUACUUGGUGGGGCUCUUUGAGGACACCAACCUGUGCGCAAUCCACGCCAAGCGAGUCACCAUCAUGCCCAAAGACAUCCAGCUGGCCCGCCGCAUCCGCGGGGAGCGCGCCUAAACUCCACCUCUCCACCAACAACAAACGGCUCUUUUAAGAGCCACUAAUCCGGCAGAAGAAAGAGCUUUGGCUUUUUAAUGUCCUUUUACAUCAAUGUUCUUUCUGCGGGGUUUUAUCUGAAUUGAUGCUGCUGAGUGGAGUCUGACUUCAGUCAUUCAAGUGUAACUGGUUUCGAUGUAAAUGCCAACACGGCUCAUAAUGGUGUGUACACGACCAGCCCCUGUUCGCUCUGCGCCCCCUUUUCUCACGCGCUCCGGGUUCAAGGACAACAAACGCCUUUAUUACGCACUUUCCACGCGCGCCCCUCAGUCGCUGAUCAGUCCUUCCACAGACACUGAGUUACACCAUCUCCAUAGUGAUGAGGCCGGUUGGAGGGACAAAGGCGGCGACCACAUACUCCAACUCCAAGUAACGACCCACACAGCGCUGACGCUGCUAACGGAAAUCCUAAUGGCUCUGCUCACGCACGGUCUCAUUGAAAGUGUUGUGUUGAUAUUUGGACACCGCAUUGAUGCAACUGGUUCGAUAUUUCAUUCGCAGGCGAUAGUUCUCAUUCUGUUUUGAUCAAAUUAGCCGUCCAAACCACGAGGUGUGACUGCAUUCCCGCCGACCUCAUUGAAACAGAAACUUCACCCUCGCCUUUCUCGUUAGUUUGUCUCAAUCUUCAUGUGACUGCAUUCUGUUGUUUUGAACUUGAGUCCCGGUUUCUAUUCGGGAAACAUUCCUGCGACGGCUCCGAGAGUCAUUAGACAAUUGAUCGUCAAUAGUCUAAUGUCCUUUAUGCAAAGAGCGAUCUCUAACAUGUUCUAUGAAUAACGUUUGUACCCAUAAGUUAGCAGUUUAAAUGGUAAGAAUGCGUUCUUAAGAAUCGCUCAGGUAAUUAAUUCACAUUGAGUGUGUCUUGUUGGUGGGUUAGGAUAGAAUCAUUGGGAUGCGAGGAUCCAGUAUCACACACAGAUGUGUAAUUAUUUUUAUUUUUUUGCCUGAAAAAUACAUUUUCUUUUUGGGCGGGCUUUUCAAACCUGUUAUUUUGGGGCCAGGCGGUUAUUUUCCGCGCAUCUCCGGUUGUCGUCUGCUCAUUGGAGAGAGACAGCUGUACGAUUGGCCUAUUUGAAAUCACCAAUGAGAUGAAGCGCUGCGCCACCAAUGGGAAGCGCUCCACCGCAUUCCUCUAGAAGCUACAAGAAGGGCGAGUGCGGGAGGAUUUCCUCAUUCUUUGUGCGUAGAAAUUGUUGAAAAUGACUGGACGAGGGAAAACCGGCGGCUAAGCCAAGGCUAAGCCUAAGUCACGCUCGUCCCGGGCCGGACUGCAGUUCCCGGUGGGUCGUGUUCAUCGGCUCCUGAGAAAGGGCAACUAUGGUGAGCGGGUGGGUGCCGGAGCCCCGGUCUAUCUGGCUGCUGUGCUCGAGUAUCUGACGGCUGAAAUCCUCGAGCUGGCCGGCAACGCGGCCCGGGACAACAAGAAGAGCCGCAUCAUCCCCAGACACCUGCAACUGGCCGUCCGCAACGACGAGGAGCUCCACAAGCAGCUGGGAGACGUGACCAUUGCUCGAGGCGGGUGCUGCUAUGAUAUUUGGUGCUGCCUAAUAUCCAGGCCCAAGAAAAGCAGCGCAGCCUCUGGCAACAUGAUGCUGCUUUACUCGAGUCGCUGCUCUGUGACAAACUGACUGUUGCUGUCUUCUUUUAUACGCACCGACCCGACCUGCCGGGGAAAUGCAAGGAAAGAGGAAGGAGGGGAAAAGGCAAAAUCAGAGUGACAGACAGAAAGAGGGACGUCUCUCAUCUUCCAGCUCCGCCCUCGGUUUUUUCAACCGCCCAUUUUGCAACAGGAAGAGGCCCCAAAGACCUAGAUUUUGCCGAUGACAUUGCAAUACUAGCAGAGUCGAGACACAUCCUUAAAGAGAUAUCAGCUCUGGAGGAGAAUGCAUCAAAGGUUGAAUUAAAGAUCCGCUGCCAGAAGCCAAAGACCAUGCAGACUGGAAACCAGCAGCCAAUAGACCAACUGAUAAUCAAUGGGGAACCUGUGGAAAACGCCACAAGAGUUACAUUUCUUGGCAUCAUGUUCACAGUAGAUGGAGAGGUACAGGUCGACAUCAACUCCCGAAUUGGUAAAGCUGCAUCAGUCUUCAGAAAAAUGCAGGCAUUAUGUUCUAGUAGCGGGAUAUCCAAGAUGCUAAAAGUCAAGCUCUUCCAGUCUGUAAUCCUCCCUUCAGCCCUCUCUGCCAGUGAGACAUGGAAACUCAAUGUGAAGAUGAAAAAUAAAUUGGAUGCAUUCCAACAACGUUGCUUGAGGAAGAUCCUGAAGACUAGCUACAGAGACCACAUCACAAAUGAGGAUAUCUGCCGGGAAACUGCAACAAAGCCUCUCAGCCAGGACAUAGAGGUACGCAGGAUGAAAUUUGCAGGACAUGUACUCAGAAUGUCACCAGAUCGUGUACCUAAGAUAGCAAUGACCUGGCAACCUGACGGGAGAAGAAAAAGAGACCGAUAAAGGCAACAUUUAUUGCAACUUUACAUAA